AUGAAAUGUGAAAAAUGUCAAAUUAAUAAACUUUCAGAAGAAUUUCCAUUUGGUACAAUUAGUUCAAAAUGUGAACAUGUUACAUCUUGGUGUUUAAAGUGCCUUGUAAACUAUCUAAAAGAAACGCAGCAGCACCAAUGUCCCACAUGCGAAGCUAAAUUAACUGAACAAGAAUUUAAUGAUUACUGCUCGCUUUGGGACAAUGCAAAUUUUAAAAUUGAUCUUGAAAGUUUCUCACAAGAACGUACCGAACUUCCUAUACAAGAUAAUACAAAUUCCGAAAUUUUUUAUGUUGUUCGAUUAAAUGGUGAAAAGUUUGAAUUAAGGCUUUCCGAAAUCAAUACAAUUCAAAAGUUAAAACAUAGGUUGAUGAAUUACACCAAGAUAGAUAUUGAUAGACAAAUGUUAAUUCAUAAAAAUGUGGAUUACGGGGCCAAUAAUACACUCGCAAGUUAUGGGAUCCGCGCAAAUAGCCAUAUCCAACUUAUCGUUGUACUUUGUUCUAUCACAAAGCAAGAAGCCAUAAAAAACUUAGCACUUGAUUUAUACUGGGGUUAUCCUGACUCAGGAAUAGACUUUCUUGAUGGUACCUGUUUGAUAUAUAAAGGUGACAAUUUAUGGAAAACAUAUGACUGGUCACAUCUUUCUUAUACUGAAAUACCAUAUAUAAAACAUUCCGGAGACAUCAUGAAUAACGAAAAUGCUACAGGACAUCAAAAAAUUACAGCAAAACUUGAGAAUCUUCCUAAAGAUGUUACGCAACUUUAUUUAGUCUUAAGCUCGUAUAGCUUUCCAUCACUUGGUCAUUUUCGUAAUCCAAGCUUUAAAUUAUAUGAUGAAGAGAGACCAGAUAAACAAUUAUGUGAUUACAACAUAUAUAGAGCUCGCGAAUCACAAGCUAUUAUAGUGUGUCUUAUUAAUCGAUCGCAUGGCAAUUGGAAUGUAAUUGAAGUUUGUAGGCCGUCUCAAGGAAACACCAAUAACUAUGGUCCAAUCAUGGAAACCAUUAAGGAUAUUAGAAGUAAAUUGAAAAGGAGGUUUGAUUGGUUAAAUCUUGAUUUCUGA